AUGGUAGUAUUUAGUGUAUGAAUGAGUGUCUUUAUCAAUGUAAGGAAUGGUUAAAUGAGAACCGUCUGGGUUAAUGAGGGUCGUUGGAUGUUGGGGUAGUAAGAGGAGUUAUAUGUAUGCUCUAGUGUCUGUUUUGAGGGGUUAUCCAAUUUAAUAAAAAUAUAAUUUGUUUCCCUCUGUUAAGGCUGAUUCUCUGAAUCAGAUCUCUUCUUCUUCUCUAAGCUUGAUUCUCACGAAUCAAGAGAGGUUUAUCCUCAAUUCUAUCACCCAAUCUUGUCAUGUAUCACCAGGUACAUGACAAUUGGUAUCAAGAGCCGUUUCGAUCCAUGGGGGAUUCGAUGGCAAGGUUCGAGGAAAUCACAUCAAAAUUGGAAGAAUUGAAUACGAAAUUGGUAGAAGUGCAGAAGCAACGUGAUGAUUUAGCAUCAACGAUGCUUACCAAAGAAGUUUUUUAUUCAACAAUGGAGAAAUAUUUUGGUAAGAAAAACUGCAGUCAUGAAGAUCCAGUAGGAGCUUCAAAGAUUACUUCGAAGUCAUCGGAUGAAGAAGAUCCUACUAAAUCAAUUGGAAUCGAAGACCUAAUUCCUACUUCUGUUGCUCAACCCUGUGAUUCUGAAGACUUCAGUGUUGUUACAUCGGAAGAAGCAAAAUCAAUUCCUAAUUCUGUUCAGCUCGAUUCUUCUUCUCAAGUCCUCAAUAGGGUUGAAUCUCAGAAAGUUAACUCAAUUUCCGCUGGCGCUGUUAAAGAAAAUGACGGUUCCUUCGAUUGUGUGAAUUGUCCAUUUAGUGAAACUGCAAAAACAGAUGUUAAGGACUCCACAUUGAUAAAUCAAACCACAAUUGAGUAUUUGAUUGUGGAAAAUACAAGGAUGGUUCAUUUGAUAGUCUGAAUUCUCUAUUUAAUGAAGCUACAAAGGCCAUUGCGAAUGCUUUCAUCAAGAUAAGUCAGGUUAAAAUUAUUGAGGUUAGUGGUGAGGAACUUAAAAUCUUAAAGGAGUGUGUCAUCAUUAUUCACAACAAAUUACUUGGUAAGGAAUGUUUUACCCUUAUUUUUAUCUAUGUUCGAAUUCUAUUUGAUCGUGGCAAGGAAAAUGAAACAAAUGAGGGGUGUUAUUUUUAUGAUAUAUAUAUAAUUCUAAAUUCUGCCUUACUUCUUGUUCGGUUGUUCGUAAGGAGUUGUUAUUCAUGGAUGCUUACUGUGAUGAAUUAGUUUAUGAGCUAAUUCCGAAGCUUGGAUACUGCUUAGAUUUGCUAAUUGAGUAUUCAACUGUGUUUUUGCUUGUUCAAAAUGGUGAUAAUCUGUUUGCUAAUUACAAUGGAAAGUGUGUUAUUGCACUUACUUUCAAACUGGGAUACCCGUUAAAGCUGCUACGGAAGAGCUCGAUUACAUUCAUUCUGGUUACAGGGGUUGAGACUGGUGUUGUUUGUAAGUGGUUAGAUAAAAGACUACAACAGGGGACAGUUCUAUGGUCCAGAUUGAUACUUCAUGUGACAGGUAAUAAAGAAGCUGGUACUGUAAGGGAAUUCUUUGAUCGACUAUCUCUUAGCAGUAGAUUCAGUUUCAGUGGUUCUCCAAUCUUGCAAUUGGGAGGUGGUUCACAAAAAUCUUUGAUGGCCUGUGUUGCUGCAAAGAAAUAUGGUGGGGAUCAAAUUAUGCUUGCUUAAUCUCGGGUUGUGCAGUAUAGAAAGUGGCAUUGUUUUUACUUUGUUUUUCACCGGGAUACCAGAAGAACUUGGCUCUAAAGUUUGUGGUAGUAAUGAAUAUUGUUCUGGCUGGGAAGAAUUUCUUAUAGAGAGGGUGAAAAUCAAAAAGAUGCUUGUAGCGGUUAAUGGUGGUGUAUGUUUUUAUGGAUACUUGAGGUGGAAAUUCAGAUUAUUUCUACAUGGGUUAUGGAGUGUGCGAAGUGUUACAGUGAAAGUUCACUUCUCAGUUGUCAGUUUUUACGAAAAAUGGACUUCUUAUUCUAAGAGCCUUGGGGUUGUUACAGUUUACAUAGCAGUUGUGUGGAACAGUGAUGAUGAUAAUACUCAUGCACAUGGUUUCCCUAAUACUUCUGUAGUUCUAACUUGUGAAUGGUUGAGAGUGGGUACAGGUGCACAUGUAAGUGAGAAUUUCGCCAGAAUCGAGUUGUUGUCUUUGUGUUAUGCUCGCCUUAUAUCCUGGUGGUGCUGUCGACUUUGGUCGCGGGUAUAUCCACCACCAAGGGGCUAUAUCCAAUUGGAGUUUUUACCAGGGGUAAGGAAACUUGAAUCAAAUGUGGGUACUAAUCUCCAUUAUGUACUGAUGAGCAUUCACAAUCAGAUUAGAGUCGUUCACAGGUCUGCACCAACAUUACCUCUUUCUGAAGUUGCGAAUUCUAUAUUUCUCGUAGUACUCAACUAUGUACUGAAGGUCCAAACGGAAUUUUUCAAGCACCUUUAGGUUUACUCUAAGGUUAUGGCCAUGAGUGUUAUUCCUUGUCAAAUUUGUGAAGCUACAAAGCUGAGGGGACAACUACAACAUUUCCUGGCAUACAAGGUCAAGACGGUCGCUGCAAGUGGUGCUUCUAUUGGCGCCUACUCAGCAGGAAGUUAUGAAAAUAAAGGGCCGGUUUACCUCGAGAAAAUGAACACUCAAGCAUCAACUCUACUGGUUCACCUCGAGGGAGUAAUUUUGAACUUUGAGACUCGCAGGUCAACAAAGAGGGCAGUGGGCAGCUGGACCUGCUAUACAGGUGUUUAUGGCUUCACAUGGGUUUUAAGUGGCAUGGUAGAUUCUGGUCUUCUGAUGCCCAACUCUUUGAUUUUCGAAGUGGUUAAUUUAACUUCAUCCUUGAGGACAAGGAUGGUUUCAAGGAGAGUGGAAUGUCAUGUACCCGGGAUGGUAGGGGAGCGCCCAUAUCCUAUAUGUGUCUGUCUUUAGUAAUAAUGAUAGUAUUUAGUGUAUGAAUGAGUGUCUUUAUCAAUGUAAGGAAUGGUUAGAUGAGAACCAUCUGGGUUAAUGAGGGUCGUUGGAUGCUGGGUAGUAAGAG